UCAAUUCCCUGUACAAGUUCCCAAUCAUUCGAAAACGUCCUUUUUUUUUUUUUUUCGUUGUAUGAAGCUCUUGAAUGAAACUUUCACCAAGAGAUACAAAUAUUGAUACUCUUAAUUUUAUAACAUAACAUAUCGUUUUAUUUUUCAAAUGGGUUGGUGUUUUCCCAGUAUCUUCUUCUUCUGUUCAGUUUCUUAUUACUUGUCCUAUGAAGCUCUGGUUAGAGUUGGUUGAUUUUUUUUAUGAGCAAAUUCUUACAUUUUGAAAUUUGUUUUCUGCUUUGAUGUUACAUUCUUCGUGCUUUUUAUUGAAUUUCAAAGAUAAUUUUCUGAACAUUUUGUUUGAAUCCCUCCCCCCCCAAAAAAAAAUAAAUAAAUAAAUAAAUAAAUAAAUAAAACAGAAGGGCUUUGAUGUGGUUAAAUUUCCACCAGUUUCCAGCUCUGGUUUGGGACAGUUGCAGAGUUCACCAUGUGACCUCUGUAAAUUAUUAUUCUCUUUUCGUUUUCUCAUUCCUCUUUUUGUAUGCAUUUUUUCUCUCUACUUUAACCCUUUAUCUUCUUUUGGUGCGAUCUCUCUCCGUUAGUCAUACUACCAAAAGACUUUUUCUCUUCUUUGCUCAAUUCCUUCUUUCUUUUGCUAAAAUUAUUUUCUCAAAUGAUUUUUUUUUUUUUUGGUUCUUUUUGCAUUGACGGUCAGGUUUCUGCAAACUAGCUUCUUUGACCAUGGUUCACACUAAAUAUUUUCCAGUUCUGCUUCUGCUUCUUGCUCUCUACACUUUUAGAAUUACUAAACUUUCUUUCCCUUUAAACAGCCCAGGAUUCCUUAUGAUUCUGGUGAGGAAAACGGAAGAGGGAAAGUGAAAGCAAAAGUGGGAGAUGGGAUGUUCCACAUCAAAGCUGGAUGAUGAAGAGGCAGUUCAGCUUUGUAAAGAUCGUAAGAGAUUCAUCAAACAGGCUGUUGAGGAGAGAAGCCGAUUUGCUUCUGGACACAUCGCCUAUAUCCAGUCCUUAAAGAGAGUUUCGGCUGCUCUUCGUGAUUAUAUCGAUGGAGAUGAGCCUCGUGAGUUCUUAUUAGAUUCAUUCAUAACCCCCCCUUUCACACCUGCACAGAAAUCCAGUCCCAGUUUCAUCACGUUUUCAUCCAAGUCCUUACCGUCAACACCAAUUCAGUCUCAGCCUAACUCAUGCGUGAAAGUAAAUUAUCUGAGAUCAGGUGGGGAGCCAGCUGUGCUGGUUGAGGAAAGACCUCAGUCACCAGAGACUGUCCGAGUUGAAACCUACGCACCAAUGCACCAUUUUGGCAUUGAUGGCUUUUUUGAAAUGCAAUCCUCACAGUUAAGUUCUUCAUUCUUUUCUUAUUCCCCGAUCAACAGACCCAAUAUUCCUCCACCUUCGCCCCAAGCAUCCCAAUGGGAUUUCUUUUGGAAUCCAUUUUCAUCAGUUGACUACUAUGGCUACCCUACACGUAGUAGUUUCGGUCAUUCACUCAUGGAUGAUGACAUUGGAGGUCUAAGGCAUGUCCGAGAAGAAGAAGGGAUUCCAGAAUUAGAAGAGGAAACCGAACAAGAAGAAUCUGAUGACAAGGUAAAUCUGACAGAAGAAAGAGCUAAAAUUGAUCUAGACUGCACCAGAGAAGGAAUCGUUGAAGAUAUAGAUGAAGAGGAGGAUGAGGUGGAAGAAACGGAUAGCGCAACUGAAACUGAGCAUCAGAUGACAGGCUUACGAUGGCACCAUGCAAGCAUAGAAGUAUCAAAAGGUCAAACUUUCAAAGAAGUCGAAACUUAUAAUCAAGAAAUGGCAGUAGGUGAUCGAGAAGCCAAGGAAGAAACACCAGGUUUUACUGUUUAUGUUAAUCGCAGGCCAACGAGCAUGGCAGAAGUGGUCAAGGAUCUUGAGUCUCAAUUCAUGAUUGUUUGCAAUUCAGCCAAUAAGGUUUCAGCCUUAUUAGAAGCUAGCAGAGCUCAGUAUGCAUCAACCACCAGGGAACUCACACCCAUGAAAAUGUUGAACCCAGUAGCUUUAUUCCGCUCAGCUUCAUCUAAUUGCAAGUCCUCAUCUUUAAUUAAUUCUUCAAGCUCGACAGAUGAAGGUUAUGAAAGCAGUGGUGGCUAUUUGGAGGAACCAUGCGUGUAUUCAGGUUGUCACCAAUCGACACUGGAAAGGUUAUUCGCUUGGGAGAAGAAACUCUAUGAGGAAGUCAGGUCUGGCGAAAAGGUUCGAAUUGCCUAUGAGAAGAAAUGUAUGCAACUCAGGAACCAAGAGACAAAAGAAGAGGACCCCAUUUCAGUUGAUAAAACAAGGGCAGCCAUUAGAGAUCUGCAUACCCAGAUGAAAGUUUCAAUACACUCAGUUGAAGCUAUUUCAAAGAGGAUCGAAACUCUCAGGGAUGAAGAAUUGCAGCCUCAACUUCUUGAAUUAGUACGAGGGUUGGAAAGGAUGUGGAAGGAAAUGGCAGGGUGUCAUCAGUCACAGAAGCGGACAUUAGACGAAGCCAAGCUUUUACUAGCUGGAAUGCCUUCAAAAAUAGAUGUAAGAAAACCCUCUUCCAUGUCAAUAACUGAGCCGCACAGGUUAGCAACUUCAGCUGCCAAUCUUCAAAAAGAACUCAGGAAUUGGCAAGUCUGUUUCGGGUCAUGGAUCACUUCUCAACGAUCCUAUGCGCGUGUACUAGCUGGCUGGCUACUCCGGUGUGUCCAGUCCGGUCCCGACACGUCAAAAGUACCUUUCUCUCCUCGCCGUUCCAGUGGAACCCUGCCAAUAUUUGGACUCUGCAUCCAAUGGUCAAAGGUUCUUGAUGCUAUCAGAGAAACGCCAGUGCUUGAUGGACUAGACUUUUUUGCAGCUGGGAUGGGCUCUAUCUAUGCUCAACAGCUAAGAGAGGAUUCUCCCCAUGCACCAAUUGGAUCAAAUAGAUAUGGAGGUGGGUCAUCCGAGGAAUUCGAUGGAAAUAUGAAAAUGGUGGAGGCUGGUCAGGUAGAAGAAGGGGUAAAGACUGCAGAGAAAAUGGCCGAAGUUGCAAUAAGGGUGCUUUGUGCCGGAAUGUCAGUUGCCACGAGCUCAUUGACAGAAUUUGCGUUCAGUUCUGCUGAAGGAUACGCUGUACUUGUUAAGCAGUGGGAGAAGACAAAAUGACUGCAAAGUUCAAGUGGUGAUGAAAUGCAAUAUCGUAUCCUAUUGUGUACUUUAAGCAAUUAAUGGGCGUCAAUAACUUGUUAACUCAGUAAGGUAGAAUAGGGUAAUUUGCAUUUCCAUGUUCCAUCACCAAAUUUUUUCUCCAUUUAAUUGUUAGAUGAUCAAGGAAAAUAGAAGUGGAAAUAGAUUAACCUGAAACUCGUGAGAACUAGUUGGGACUAGGAAGUUUGUAACAUGUACAUUAUCAGAAAUUCCCAAUUAUUUUCCAUCA